AUGGCGGCGGCGGACCUGCAGGAGCUGCGGGCGCUGGUGGAGCGGGCGGGCGGCCGGCGGGCAGUACUGCUGGUGGCUGAGGUGGCGGAGGGGGCCCCGGCGGCGCCCGCACUGGUCGCCUUCGCCCGCGACCUCCUGGGCGACGAGGCGCCGCGCGCAGCGUGCCCGGGGCCGGGGUGCCGGGCGCGGCGCUCGCCAGGCGCCGGAGGCCGGGCGCUGGGAGCCCGGCUGCUGCUGGUGCUGUGCGGCGGCGGGGCGGCGCGGGACCGCGGGGCGAGGACUCGCCUGCGGGAGGUAGUGCGGGACGUGCGCGGCCGCCUGCCCGCGGGGCCGCCGCCCGCCGUCGUGGGCGUCCUGCUGCCCGGCGGGGACGGAGAGGACGCGGCCGUGCUGGACGCGGCGCUGCGGCGGCACUUCCCGGCGCCCGGCACGGUGCAGGCGGCCCGGUACAGCCCGGGCAGCCCCGGCGAUUGCCGUGCCGCCGCCUGCCGCGCCCUGCGGGCUGCCCUGCAGCGCCCCGCAGAAGACAUGAAAGACAGGGAGAGGUGGAGGCUGCCAUCCUUCCUGCAGUGCAUUUCUUGGAACCAGAGGAGCUGGAGAAAAGAUUACAAAGCAAAAGCUGAAAACAACAUUCAUGAAGAUGACCUGCAGGACCCUGAGGAAGAAGUGGCUCUGGCCAGCCUUUCCCCCAAUGGAAACUGUGAAGAAGCUGCUGGAGGCACAGGCACCUAGAGCUGCUGGGCAUCCCACACAGUCCACAUCCCAGACCUGCCCAGUGGAUUUGGAGCAAUGGGAGGAGGAGCUGGUGCAGGCCCUCUCCUCCAAGGACCCACAGUUCCAGGGAAAAGCUGCUUGGCUGAACUCAUCAGGGUUUUUUUAGCUGCCACCAGCACAGAGGGUCUGCGCCAGAAAGCCAUUCCCUGCUGCCCCGGGGCACUUGGAGCUGCUGCUGGACACUGGGCUUCUGAGAAGCCCUUUGGGAUGUACCCCACAUCCUGGGCAAUAUGACUUUGGGACUUUGAGUGUGAAAUGCAGCCACCUGUUUGAAGAAUGAGAAAUGUUUUUUAAUUCUGAGCAAAGUUCCCUGCUGAGGUUGCUGGGGCUGGCCUCCCUGACAGACUGAUUCUGCUGCCUUGUUUUCCUACUUUAUUGGUGCUUGGAAGUUCCUACCCUCUUUGUGAUCAAAAACCAAACCAAACCAGAACAGAAAAAAAAAAAAACCCAACCAAGUAACACAUGAGCUUGGAGACUGCAGUGAGACUCAAUGUGAGUGAGCUCUGGGAUCUACCAGCUACUGAAAAGGCUUGAAUGUAACAGUGUAACAUGAAGAAUGCAGUAACAGCCCAGCUUGAGGGGCAAGAGUAACAUGAAGGAUACGGAUGGUACGGGCAUCUACAUCACAGCGGGCUUUGGGAGCAGGAUCUGUCCCUCUGGCUUGUCCUGGUGCUCAUAGGCUAACUGGGUUGGUGGGGUGGCAGGUGGGCACUAAGGUGUGGCUGCUGCUAGAUGGGGCUACAAGAGAGGGCCAUCUUACCUGGGAGAUCUCCACAGGCAUGGUGGCACAUCUUGGAGGUGGCCUGCAGCACAACAACAGGUGGCUGUUUCAUAAAUAAACAUAAAAAUAUAAAAAA